GCACAAGAAAAAUGUUCAGUAAGCUAACUGAACGAACUGAACAGUAAGCUAACUAACAAUAAUAGCAGUAAACCAUUCUAUAAAUGCACAUGUUAAUAUAGAUAAUAAAGCUGGUUCACACUGGACACGUGUGACAUAGAGAGAGAAUUUUUUUUAAUGGUCACUGAAUAUGUUUGCCAGGCCAUCAUGCUACCAGCAUGCUACCUUAAAUGACAGGGAUGACAUAAAAUGAUGCAUUCAUACACAACACACUUGCACAUACAGUAUAUGUACACACAUAAACACAGUACGAGUGCACACAGAGCGCUCUUAUCCCUAGUGUACAUAACACACUGGACGUGAAUCAAUUCACUGAUCUCCAUAUGCACAUUCGUACCUCAACUCCAACCUCCUCCUCAAUUCUGCUCCAGUCAAGAAACAGCGCAGUGCUUCGACAAUGCCCUUUGGCUUUUUCUUAGUUAAAAUUUUGCAACCUAGUAGUACUCUCUGCAUCUAAUCAAGGCCACGACAGUACUUCAUUUCAUACUUAACAGCCGACGAUGCAGAAUCUACAUAAGUAGUGCUGUGAUAGAAGUCUCACUUAGUGCAUGUUGUAGUGCAGUUGCUUUUUUAUCUGCGACAAUUUUCACGAAAUAACUACUUUAUAUACUAUAACUAAAACUUGUGGACAUCAGGUUAUGUCAAAUCAUGUAUGUGUGCCUUUGCACUUCUAGUACAUGGCGUACUACAUUUUAAUCACAAGGGCAAGCAGUGGGCUAUGACCGAUGGUCAUGCCAUUCCACUUUUUAGUUGGUAAAUAGUAUGGGCACAUCUGCAACAUCUUUCGUGUAAUAGUUACAGUAAACCCUCAUCAGAACAUAAUCAUCAGGCAGGAAGUGGACUUUAUUGUAAGCAAUAUUUUGUUAAAGAAAGAGAGGCUUCAAAUCAAAGUGCAAUGUUUAAUAUGGGGUCACGGCAAUGGUUGCCCUUGGCGGAGAGAAAUAAACGUGGAGCAAAUGUUAUUAAAGUUUGCCACUUCAUUUUACUGUCUGUAAGUAAUUUAUCAAGCAUAACUGUGUUAACUGAGCUGUGAUAACGUUAGCUUGGCUUUUACCCAAUACUGUCGAUACGGAGCCAAUGAUAAUCAAAAAGGCUUUGAGUUGAGCAACAGAGAUCAGACGUUUACCUUUUAAGGCCUGCAGCCAUUCAUCAGGCUAAUGUAUUGGUUACAGCCUAAGCCAAGUAAUCUCAAGCCUGUAAUGGAAACCGGUGUACUUCAGCUGUGUGGCUGUGAGCAAUGCUUAAAGGGACACUAAUUGGAUAUAUUGAACUGAGUUAAAUUACAGCACAACUUACUGCAACUGCAAACAGCAACUUAAUUACUUAACUAAACACACCCCCUCAUGAUGUCUUGGACAAGGGACUGUCUGCUUGAGACCCCAUAAAAAUAAACUUUAAAAAAUCACAUUACAUUAAAAAUUUAGUACAGAUUCAACCUAGGAAAUAUUUACAACUGUUUCAGUAUUGAACAGACAUAAACAUGCACAAAUACUAUGAGAUCGGCGACUUCACCAGUAUGUCAUGGUUCCCAUAUGGUUCAGGCACAAAGUUGAAAGGGAUAAUUAUGGUUUGUAUUGCAGCUCUUCUAACAGACAAACAACAUUUUCACUCAAACGUAGAGCAUUUAAAAAGAGUAAUCUAAUCCACCAAUCAAGGCUCAUGCAUAUUUUCUCUUUAAGAAGAUGAAUUCUAAGAGAAAGGAAAUGCAACAUUCCCACAACUGACCCAACAAUACUGUGAUGGAGAAAUUAUGCUUCCAAAAGUGCAUUUAAAGAACACCGGCAGGAGGACCUAACACUGUAGCUAGGGCCAAGGUCAGCACAAGCAAAAAGGGCGACAGUCGAGCCCUUGUCAUCUUCAUCGUGAUGCGAAGUACCUAUCAAACACUCCGCUGAAGUAAGAGUCCCAUCUUGGUGCCAUCUAGGGCAAAGAUCAAGAACAGAAAUGUACAGCUUGAGACGGGAGCACAUGUGAUGCGAUCUAUGUGAAGCAAAGUUAUAGUGAAACAGUUAAUCAAAUGCUUUAAAACUAACAGCGGUACGUACAACUUUGCGUAAUUUCAAGCUGUGCAAAGUGUAAUCUCACGGAAUGUUUACCUUUAUUCACCGUAAAGGUCAAAACCUUAUUGUCGUGGGAAAUUUUAUGUUCACGCACGUCGCUCAGAAGCUAUGGCGAAAUACAAACUCCAAACCGGGCGGAUUCAAAGUGUGAGGCAUAUAAGCAGUGACGUCACAAGGACGAAGGUGAUGCACAAUGCUUGUCGAGGGAAGAAUCGUGAUGAAAGGUGCAUGCACAGAAAGAUAUGACACAAAUCAAGCCACACUUAACGGUCCUGAACCCCACGUGUCGCAGUAGGACAUGGUCAUUCUGAAGGAAAAAGAAAGAUAAAGAUACAACAUCGUGUGGAACACCGGCAUGUUGAUGCUACACCCUAGAUUUUCUUGUAAAUCUUGUGAUAUUCAAACCACACUCGAAGGUAAUGUGAUGAAGACGACGACAGGAUCAUUUCAUUUCUCCUCACGUGGUAGUGAUGUUUCUAGGUGACUCUGACUGGUACCAGCAAAGACAAUUAGGAGCGAUGCAACCACUUACAAUCGGCAGCAGUAAAAUUAGGUAACGAAUACUAGCUUCAUUCCUGCUCCAUGAGGUCCUGCAUUGUGGAAAAUCUAAAUGAAGAAUGAGGCAUUGAAAGAACAAGCUAUAGAGACACUAAAGUGCAAGAAUAAAUCAGUUUAAAAGUAAGCUUACCCCAUACUAUCUUUCAUUCACUAGUAUUUCAUUCAUAUUUCAAAAAUGUUCACACUAGUAGUAGAGAGAAGAAGGCAAAAGACAGUAGCGUGUCCUUCACUAAGUCUACAGGCACCAAUUAGUCAAGCAUUAGCUCAUCAAAUUUUCUUCGCACAACAAACAUGUCUCUGUGUCAUCGACCAACUAGAUCACCAUACGAAAGCUUCCACGAUCAUAAGUGGACGAGAGCAGUGAACAUUAAAAAAAUAGUAAACAGUGUGAGCGUGGAAGGAUCAAGACGAACAGAUGAAAUGUAAUACAACUCGCAGGUUGUUAAAUCAGUGAAAUGGAAGUAUAUUGCUCACACACAGUAAGUUGCCUUGACAGCAAAGCCUACGGCGUACUAUCAGGAAGGAGACCUCUAGGAUUUCAAAUGAAAGUACACAAGCCUGGCUUGGCUGCAGGGUCAAGGCUUAUCACAGCUAUCGCAUGAACGUCCCAAGCAGCUGAUAAGAAGUCGAGGACGUUUUCUCUGCCUUCGGGGCCUGGUGUGGCAAGCUUCUGCGUCACAGAGGCAUGCACACACACACAACGCAAGAUAAGUCUUCCCAUUAUCCUAGAAAACAGUAUAGUGAAAUGAGAAGUAACACUUUAGCAGAUUUGUGGCUUCUGCACGGCAGGCUAUUCAACAGGAAGAUGUACAGCUCACCCAGGUUUCCCUGAAACCGCAGCUGGUUUUUGAUGCUAUACUGAAACACAGACUUCUCGAACUCUUUCUCCGAGAUUCCAAGCAGCUGUGUGGAUAACAUCAGAGGAAACCAGAACAGGAUAUGUUUCACGAAAAUUCGGUGCCCUGUCACCUCACGGUGCUCGCGCUGCUGGUCUGUGGUGGCGUCGUCCUGCAGUGCCUCUCGGCCGAACCAGAGGACAACGCGCCGAAUCGUCUUGAAGACGAAGAAGACCCGGUGGAAACAGUGGUACUGGACACGGCAAACGGUCCGGUCAAGGGAUUCAUCGCGCAGUCGCCUCUCGGAAAGCCAGUGCGGGUCUUUUACGGAAUGCCGUACGCUAAGCCUCCCGUCGGUGAACGCAGGUUCGACCGUGCCGAACGUGUCGAACCGUGGACAGACGUCUUCGACGCCACGGCCAAGCCCAACUCCUGCUUUCAAGUGUUGGACACAUUCUACGGGAACUUCAGCGGCAGCGUCAUGUGGAACGCCAACACGGAAAUGAGCGAGGACUGUCUCAAGCUCAACGUCUGGACACCCGUCUGUUCAUCGUCCGAGGAACCAUUCGCCGUCCUCGUCUGGAUCUACGGCGGCGGCUUCUACAGCGGCACUUCGACGCUGGACGUCUACGACGCCAGGACUCUGGUUUCGGAGGAAAACGUGAUCGUGGUCUCGAUGAACUAUCGCGUCGCGUCGCUCGGCUUCCUAUCCUUCGGCAAUGAGCACCUGCCCGGAAACGCCGGCCUCUACGACCAGCACCUGGCCCUCCAGUGGGUCCGAGAGAACAUCGCAGCCUUCGGAGGCGAUCCGAACCGAGUGACGCUUUUCGGCGAGAGCGCCGGAGCUGUCAGUGUGGGCCUGCACAUCCUGUCGCCGCUCUCCGAACCACUAUUCGCCAGGGCUAUUCUUCAAAGCGGAUCGCCCACGGUGCCCUGGGGCUUCAAGGACAGGAACACGGCUCGGAAAGCUGCAAGAAGCCUGGCUACGACUUUGGGGUGCCCGGACGGCUUGGACAAAGACACUCUGGAUUGUCUCCGGUGUAAGGACCCCGAAGAUAUCGUGAAAAGCGAAUCGUAUAGCGGUGGCGUUGUCGACAUUCCGUUCGCUCCCGUCGAAGACGGUGCUUUCCUUCCAGGCACGCCGCAGGCGCUGAUGGAUUCGGGUGCAUUCGCGAGAAACAUCAGCGUCAUGCUGGGUUCCAACGUUAACGAAGGUUCGUGGUUCCUGCAGUACUUUUUCGGACUCUCAGUGACGGAAGAGAACCCGGAAAUUACGGGAGAAAAUUUCACAGCUGCUCUAAAAGCGCUGGAUCCGUCGCUGAGAGGGACGCCGAUCGACAAGGUCCUAGAGAUGUACACAGCCGGUGAGACGCCUUCGACAGCCGCGGAGAUCUUGAAGGCCCUGGACUCGAUAGUAGGCGACUAUCACUUCACGUGUCCCGUAGUGCAGUGGGCGGACCGCUUCGUCCAAGCUGGGAUACCGGUGUACCAGUACGUGUUCGCGCGCAGGUCUUCGCGGAACCCGUGGCCCCCGUGGAUGGGCGCAAUGCACGGUGAGGAGGUCGCAUUCGUGUUCGGAGAGCCGCUCAACGACACGCACCGGUACAGCGAAGAGGACAAAAGCGUGAGCCGUCGCCUGAUGCGGUACUGGGCUAACUUCGCCAAGACCGGGAACCCCAACCUCCCGGGAGACGGAUCAUCACAGUCAACCGACUGGCCCAGACGCACGGAUUCGCUCAAGCGACAUCUGGUACUGGAUGUCAACGAAAGCGUCGGGUGCGCACACCGGGAAGCCUACUGCGAGUUUUGGGAGGACCUACGUCGCAACCAGACCCCUCCGGUCCCGUCAUGUCGAGAAGACUCUGGGUGCGCCUAGCAGACUAUUUCGUGUCAAAAGUGUGCCAGCGUCGUUCGAAAGCAAUACGUCGUGCAGUCGUUACGACACCUUCUCUUGUCACCGGGACACCUUGGCGUCGAAGACCGCGGUACUGGUAUAGUGAACUAGAAUAGUACUGGCGCGCGUUACAGCAAUAAAAUGCGCCGCGGUUCGGCCAGGUGGCGUCACAAGCGCUCCGGACAACUCAAGGCCCACACUCUAAAAACAGUUGCACCCUUUGGGGUGUAUAUUUGUCCCACAACAAUAAUCGUCAUCUGUCUUGCCCGCGUUUCCUUUCUUUAACGCUGCGAGCCCGGUACUUCCCAGUAAUGAACGACAUGCACGUUAUCAGCACGACAUAGCAUUGCCGACAGGAAAGUAGCGGGCGCCACGUUUUCAAGGAAGGAAACGCAAGCAAGGCAGGUGACGAUUAUAUCGUUGUGUGGCAGAUAUACACUCCAAAGGGCGUAAACUUUUUUAUAGUGUAAGCCACCGCAGUGGGUAUGCCCUUUAGGGUGCAAUUUGGUCUUACAAUAGCGAGCAUUCUUGGGCGCAUUUCCUUUCAUCGGUGCAAUGCACUCGCAGUCUUCCGUUCAGACGAACAAAGAGCGUUCCUGAUGGGAACAUACUUUAGGCGUGCAGUGUUAAUAGGAGGGAAAGCUCAGGCGAAAUUUGGCGAUUAUUGCAUUGACAGAAUUACACCUGAAAGGGUGUGGGAUUUCAAGAGUGGUGUCCGUAAUACAAUCUUAAAACAGUUUGUGCCCUUUGAGGCCUAUCUUGUCCCACAACUAUCAUAGUCAUCUGUCUUGCCCGCAUUUCCUCUUUUAACGCUGGGAGUCCAGUACUUCCAAGUCACGAACGGCAUGCGCGAUAUAGCACUCUCAAUAGGAAAGUAGCAUAACAUAGCAUUCUCGACAGGAAAGUAGCGAGCACAGCAUUUUGACGAAAGGAAACGUAAGCAAGGCAGAUUACGAUUAUCGUUGUGGGACAAAUAUACACUCCAAAGGGUGCAACUGUUUUAGGAGUGCAACGCCCUUGGCAAGGAGCCCGAGCUUUAGAGCCCGUCCUACGAUGACGUUACCUCGCUCUUGGCUGGAAAGACAACUGUCAUAUGUCAACAACGUUGCCUAGAGGAAAAGCGCAGCACCAGCGGGUAUAGCUUUCAGUCACAGAGAAGCUCUUGCCGUUCGGUCAUGCUGUCCCAGUGGCGCCUAGUUGCGUCCAACUUUCGUCUCCAGCCGGGACCACGACGACUACAGCUUGGUUCCCAGGCUUUAGUGUUUGGGAACAACCUACGCACAGCCAUUAAAAAAAAAGGAAGAACAGAUUAUCUUAAAUAGCGCUGUAUCACUAUCAGUUGAGUGUGCGCAGACAGCCCAGCGCUGGAGCUGGUAUGUUCUGUGAAUAUGCAUUAAAUACGUUUACAUACGUUUACAA